AUGGCCCGCACGGCAAAGUCGUCGGCCUCGCGGAGGUCCGGCCGCUCAUCCGGCUCGUCGACUUCCUCCAACAGGACGGUCCAGACGGAGACGUCUAAGCACAGCGUGCCCAUAAAAUCAGCCGCGACCUCGUUUCUCAUCUACUUUGCCGGGGGGCGCCCGAGCCGCCACUCGCACCUGCGCAAGGAAAAGGUCACCACCGAGACCGACUGCGGCGACUAUACCACCACAUACAUCGAAGACCAGUGGUACUUUGUCGGCCAGCACUACGCCUACGAGGACGACGACGACGGCUCCGUAUACAGCGGCAGCAGCAGCUCCUCGUCCCCGACCCCGCGCCGCAGGAAACCAAUGGCGGGCCGGCGCCGUCCUCCGGAUUCCGACUCUGAUUCGGAUUCCGACUCGUCAUCGUCGGGCGACAGCGCUGCCCCAUACAACCCCGCCCCGAGGCCCGGUCCUCCCGGCGGCAUGCGCGCUGCCCCUCCUCCUGGGAUGCACCCGCCAGGCCCGCCAGGUCAACCGGGCAUGCGCCCUCCCUUCCCUCCCGGGGCCGGUGUGCCGCGCGUCUUCCCGCCUGGAGCAAGACCCAUGCGCCCGCCGGGGAUGCCGGGUCCGCCAGGGGGGCCACCGGGCAUGCCGGGGAUGAUGCCGGGUGGUGCCAGACCACCUAUGCCCAGGCCCAUGGCGACAGCUGGUGGGCCUCCGCCGCCGCCACCUGCGCCUAUCGGUUGA